AAUCCCUAAAACUUACCCAGAUUUUCACUUCUCACUUCACACACUCCCUUCCUCUUUAAUCAGUCAAGCCUCACGCCCAACCACCCAGAGAAGCGGCUGAGAGAGACUGCGGGCACGAAGCUUCAAGUCGCCUCCACUGGCUGCUCUCUACUCCACUUUGCCGAAGCUUCAUCAGUUCUUUACUCCGCCGAAGCAUAGAGGAUCAGAAUAAGAACUCAGAAAUUUGAUAUUAUAUUGGGAUGGCAACCCUAAGAAGUCUGAAGAUCAAAACAAGUACUUGUAAACGCCUAGAGAGAGAGCUUCAUUCGUAUGAGAAAGAGGUCGAGACUGAGGCUGCCAAGACUGCCAAGAUGAAGGAGAAUGGAGCCGACCCUUAUGAUCUCAAGCAACAGGAAAAUGUGUUGGCAGAAUCAAGGAUGAUGAUUCCUGAUUGCAGAAAGCGGCUGGAGUCAUCCUUAGCUGACCUUAAAGCUACUUUGGCAGAGUUAGAAGAGUUGAAUCAGAAGGAAGGCGCAGAAAUUGAAGAGGCUCGGACCACUAUCUCCCAAGUUGAGAGCUUAUUUCCAACAAGCUCAACUUCAGAAUCUGAAAUCUUGUGAUUACAUCACUUGCUGCGGAUUUAGAUAUGGGUUUUGAAUUGCCUUUUUUGUCUUUGGGUUGAUUUGGAUGAAUCUUGUAUUUCUAGACACUGCUUUAUCCUCAUUCCUAUUUUUCUAUUGGAUUUGUUGUGCCUUCAAAUUUGACAUUUUGAACACUUCAGAUUUGAGCUAAUCUUCUUUAAGUGUUAUCUGUAUUGGGCUUUCUAUCUUGGAAUUAAUUUAUUUCCCAUA